CUUUGGAUUUACCAUAGUCCACAGGUACCUACCCGACCUACCGAAAGUCAUGACUUCUUCUGCUUUAACAAGAAAAGUGGCAAGCUAUUCCAGUGUUUUACGAGGAUAUUUGCCACGGCUGUACAGUACAGGUGAAGAUAAAGGUCCAGCAAAAGAAAAGAAACCUGCCAAGAAGGAAACUGUUGCCAAAGCUAAAGAAUCUAAGACUGAGCCAUUUGACAACUCCCAGUAUAAAUCAAUAGAAUACUACCAGUAUAAUGAUCUGUCUUAUUAUGAUAUAGACAAUGAUAUGUCUGAGUUUAGGCUACCACAACAGUCGAAAUUUGUUCCAGCUUAAAAACAAGAAUGUGUUGAGCGUUAUAGAAGUGUCAAUGAGACCUAUGCUGUCUACAAGACAACAAUUCCUAAUGUAACAUGAACUGAAAGAGCUGAUUUAUUUGUUAUGUUGAUAUUUAUAGAUUAAAGUAUAAAAUUUA